GCAUGCGCAUUUUCCAUUUUCACUAUCUUUCAAUAUGGCGCCGAAAGCGACAAAGACGGUGUAUUCUUGAAAACUUGAACAGUUUUCCUGCAAGAACUAGAGAAAAUAUUGCAAUUCAGUUUUUGUACAGUUACCCCAUAAACCGAAAUGUAUGUAUUGACAUUAAGAGAUCAUCCGAUCUUCAUACUGAAAGACUGAAAAUGGCAGAAGUGAAGAGAUAUGGUGGGAGGUCAUACAGCAAGAAUCAACAGCAACAAGAGUCUUCAGCCAGCAAGGCUUUUGAUGAAAUAUUUGCUAAACCAAAAGCGACUAACCUUAAAUGGGGGAAUGCCUCUUAUGCUAAGCCUAGGAAUGAAGAUGAAACAAAUGAUAAGAAACAAAAAGGAGACUUAGAGGAGCCUAGUGAUCCAUUCAGCUUCGAGUUUGAUUCUGACAAGUCACCAAAGAAAAAACCGCCAAGAUUACAACCACGAACUGUUGUAAUGCAGCCUGCAGUAAGAAUUACUUCUGCUAGCAAACCGGCAAGUAACCCUCGGGAUCAGUCAGUAUUAGAUGAUGAUACAACUGGCGAUGACUUGAUUGUUAAGAAAGGAAACGUGCGAACUUACACGAAAAGAGCUGGGCGUAAAAUAAAAGAGGAACAGGGCACUUCCCAGUCAGGUUUUGAAAAGGUUGUGAAAUCUGACAUAAAAAAGCAGAAAUCAUUGUACUCAACAGAUUCCUCCCAGGAAACUACAACAGGCAGUUCAGAUAUUGAUGACUCUCAAGACCCAAGUGAUGAUCUUGAUGGUGGUCUCUACAUUGAAAGUGAUGAUGGAUCAUCAGUGAGAGGUGCACAGGAAGAAAUUUUCUCUCAGCCUGCUGAGGAAGAAGAAAAUAUAUUUAAGAGGCCAAAACGUGACCCACAUCAUUCUGUGUUGAACAGCGAAGGAGAAGAAAUAACUGUGAAAUUCCGCAGUCAUUAUCUCAACCCUGAUGUUUAUUCAAAGUUUACGGAAAAUGUGACGCCUAAAGACCCUGUAGGGGCUCUUUCAAAUAGUAAAGUGGUUCAUAAAAAUGUUCUUAAGCAUGAUUCAGGCACAACGUUAAUUGUUGUUUGUUCUCCGAAAGUUGGUGAUUCAGAUAUAAAACAAACAAAUACCCAAACAAAAUAUUUUAAGGAUAACAUUAAAGAUAUUGUAAAAGCAAAAAACAAACCAGUUGAAAGACUAACAAGGUCAAGAAGGGCUAAAAAGAAAAAGCUUGAAGAAGAUCCAUAUGAGCUUGAAGAUAAUGCAGAACCUACAUUAGUUGCUCAAAGUGAAGAAGUAGAAAAAACAGAGGGAGAGUCUCAAAUUGCGAUUUCAUCUACUGAAGAGAGUCAGCUUAGGCAAUCAGAACCAGUUGAGGAGCCAGUGGCUUUGGAAGAAGUUGAACAGCCUUCCCCGAAGAUGGUCGAUGUUGAAGAAGUAGUGAAACAUAUGAAGGCUGCUCCUCCAAGAAAAUAUCACAGAAUAUUUCGAUCGAGGAACAAAGGCUUCAUGGAGCCACUAGAAGCUCAGGAGGUAACAGAGACAGUAGAAUCCAAUGAUGAUCUUAAAACUGAAGGUUCAGGUACUGAUGAAAGUCAGGAGACCUUGCGGGGAAGCCAGGAAAAUGGGAGAACUAAUGAAGAAGAAAUGGACACACAUGACUCUAACUCACAGGAAAGUGAACAAGGUGGCAGUUUGAAGCUUCCAGUGUUGAUCAGCAUCAGUGAAGAUGACCCAGACAGUGAUGUAAAUAGCUCCCAACAAUCUGCAAUGUCUGACAGCCAGGGAACAGAUAAUGAAAACUCCUCUCAGGAAUUAACAGAACCUCAGCCUAAGAAGCCAAAGAUGAGACCUCCCCCUGCCGAAAGGAAGAUUUUCAGAGCUAGAGGUUCAAAACCCUUGCUGGGAAAUGGAGCUCAGAAGAAAAUCUUUUCAAGUCCAAAAAAGGCAGCUGCAGUGUACAAUGUGAGAUCAUGGCAGGCGGAAGAGGAGAUGCCUAACACAGAGCGUAAUGUGUUGCGAGAUAGUGACAUGUCACCUCCUGCCCUACCAGAGCCGCCCAGACUAAAGCCCAUGAUGAGAAGACCAGCUGUUGCAGUGAAGCCAGGGCAGACAGAGAUGCCCAGACUUACUCGUGCUGUACACUGGCAGCGUCACCAGGAUGAUGAUGCUUAUACUUCCGUACACGUUAGCAAGGAACAUAAAGAUCUAUUCACUGUAGUAAAAAAUGUAAAAGAAGCUCAUGAGUGCCAGGAGCAUGGUGAGACCCAGGAGUUUGAUGAUGACAUAGAGUAUCUGCUGGCUGGUAUAGAGUCUAUAGAACCCAUGUCUACAAGGUGCCUUAGUUGUGUUGGGUUAGCACAGAAGUGUACCAUUCCAGCUUUCAGGAUGCAUCUACGAGCACAUGGCACAGUUACAAAAAUAUUCUUGUGUUUGCAAGAUGCAGCUGGAGACCCUAGUUUAGCACUGUGUACUUCAGCUCUUAUGUUUAUGUUGAGUAGAGAUCGGUUAAACAUGGACCUUGAUCAGGAAAGUUUGAACCUUAUGCUACGCCUCCUUGGAGUAGACCAGCAAGAAGACAUGGUCACCACACUGAGUCCUGCCGCUGAGCGAGCACUCAAACGUAACAAAGAUAGGGUGCUUGAAAUAUAUAAGGAAUUCCUGCAACAGACUGGGACCAAACAGGAUUCUAUUGAUAUGGAAUGUUUAUCUACUGGUAAUCUGGCUAUGGAGUCAUUGUUGAGUUUAACAUCACGGCGGGCAGGUGAAUGGUUUAAAGAAGAAUUGAGAUCACUUGGUGCUUUAGAUCAUAUUGUAGAUACCGUUUGUUCAUGUAUAGAGGCAGUCGGUGAUAAUACAAGUGUGUUGACCAACAGCAAUAUAGAAAAUCUCAAGAAAGUUGAUAGAUGUCUCAGGGUUUUAGAAAACGUAACAUAUUUGAAUGGUGAUAACCAGAAUUAUUUGAUAUCAUAUAAAGGCUCUUGUUUAAUACCAUCAUUAAGCAGAGCAUUGCGGACAUGUCAGUGCUGUUUAUCAAUAUAUCCUCUCAAGGAGAAUGUGUCUACUGGAAAGGUGGAUAAAGAAUCAUUUGGCUGGGUUGUAUAUAGUUGUAUACUUGCAAUACUACGGGUGCUGCUCAAUCUAACACAUGAUAAUGAUACAGGUUGUAUGAGGAUAGGAGAGCAGGGCCCAGUCAUUGAGACUGUGUUACUUUGUAUUUUACAGUCACCACAAUAUGCUACAGUUGAUCUCAGAUUUGACCUUUAUGUGCUUAGCCUUGGUCUGUUGAUAAAUCUUGUUGAACAUAGUGAUGAAAACCGUAUCAAAUUGUUGGAAAUGAACACACAACCUAUGUUUGAAUGUGCAGACCAGAACACAAAGAUGUUGGCUUAUCUUUCACUUGUUGAGGUUUUCUGUCGUAGAGAACAGUCAGCGCAACAACUUGAGGAAGCUGAUGAGCCAAAAACACCAGAAAAGUCACCCAAUAAGAGUGGAGAGUGGCGGGAAUCUGACUCUGGUAUGGAAUGGAUCAUAGACUCGGCAAAGAAAGAUCAAUCUGCUGGGAAAAAGAAAUCAAACAAAGUGGGAGAUGACAACAAGGAUCUUGAUGAUGAGGAAACAUUUACCAAAGCAUUACACAAGGCUGGGAAGCAUAUGGAGAACAGUAUUGUAGCAGCAUAUGUGGCUCUUCUUGUUGGCUGUCUAAUUCAGGGUAACAAGGACUGUUCAGAUACUGUGAAACAAAGUUUACCACAGAAAAACUUUGAAGGCAUGAUAUAUAUGUUGAAAAAGUUCUUAGGAUUUAUGAAUCUGACUAGUGGAUCUGGGUCAGCAGGUGGAAAAUCUAUAGAGAGAGUGAUAGAAGUGCUGGAGAAAUGCUAACACCUUUUGUAAUGAUUGCAAAAUAGCGAGUGAUAGAGGUGCUGGAAAAUGUUGAAACCUCUGCAUAACUAUUGUAACAUAGUGAGUGAUAGAGGUGCUGGAAAAUGUUGAAAUCUCUGCGUGACUAUUGUAACAUAGUGAGUGAUAGAGGUCCUGGAAAAUGUUGAAACCUCUGUAUACAAUUGUAACAUAGCGAGUGAUAGAGGUGCUGGAAAAUGUUGAAACCUCUGCUAACUAUUGUAACAUAGCAAGUGAUAGAGUUGCUGGAAUAUGUUGAAACCUCUGCGUUACAAUUAUAACAUAGCGAGUGAUAGAGGUGCUGGAAAAUGUUGAAACCUCUGCUUAACUAUUGUAACAUAGUGAGUGAUAGAGGUGCUGGAAAAUGUUUGAACCUCUAUAUAACUAUUAUAACAUAGCAAGUGAUAGAGGUGCUGGAAAAUGUUGACACUUCCUUGUAGCAACUAUACAUUGACAUCUCUAUGUAGCAACAGUAACAUACAGGGGGUCAUGUUAAUCAUUUCGCACAGAAAUAUAGCACAUUUAUACUGUGAUUGUACUAGGUCUAUUGUUACAAGACAUCAAUAAUGCUGAUUUCCUUUUAGGGUCAUCUUGUCUGCAUUGAUGACAGAGUGUUGUUACAUAGCAGGAUACAGUGGCCCAACACGAAACAUAUAUGUGUUCAUAUGCCAAGGCGAAAAUCUUCUUGAAUUUGGAUUACAACUAAAACACAUUUGAGUUUUGUACAUAUUGUUGUUGAAUAUGCAUAAGGGUUGUAUGGACAAACAGAUGUUAGCAAACUUGCUGAUUGAAGUAGUAGGACUGCAUUGUGAUAAAAAGAAUAUUAUCUGCUACUGGUUGAAAACCAGUUUCAGGGCUUGUAGGAUUGCGCUUUUCUGGCAAACAUUCCGUCCGUCCACACACAUGUCUUGUUCUUAACUCUUGUCAUCCAUCAAGGGAUUUUAGUAUGAGUUGGCACAAAUGUUACCCAUUAUGAGAUGUGUCAUGCACAGAACCCAGACCCCUAGCUCAAACGUCAAGGUCACAUGAGGAGGUUUUUCCCCUUGUAAGAGCUGUAACUCGGCCAUCCAUGAAGGGAUUUUAAUGUUACUUAGCACAGAGGUUCCCCAUAAUGAGAUGAUUUCUCUUGUCCAAUACUUAGACCUCUAGCUUAAAGUUCAAGGUGGCACAGAGGUCAAAAAUUAACAAAACAGAGGUCAAAGAUUAACAUGGUAACAGGGUCUUUUUUCAGUCUAUAUCUAGGCCAUACAUCAAGCAAUUAUGAUACUUUUUGGCACAAAUGUCCUCAAUAAUAUGACGGUGUGUAAUGCACAACUUCAGACCUGAGGUUACUAUGAACAGGGUCUGUUUUUGUUCUGAUUCAUAACUCUCCCAUCCAUUAAGGAAUUAUAAAAUUACUUGACACAGAUGUUUCCCAUAAUGAGACAGCAUGUCGUGUGUAAAACCCAGACCCCUAAGUAAAGGGUCAAGGUCACACUUGCAGGUCAAAUAUCAACCCUCUUCAUAACUCACCCACCUAUUAAGGGAUUUUACUAUUACUUGGCACAUAUGUUCCCUGUAAAAAAGACAAUUUGUCAUGUGCAGUCCCAGACUCCUACCUCAAAGGUCAAAGUUUCAUUUGGAGCUCAAAGAUUCACAUUGUCUGUUAUUUGUCUGCACCAAAACUGUGCCAUCGGUUAAGGUCAAAGAUUCACAUUGUCUUUUAUUUGUCUGUCCCAAAACUGUGCCAUCGGUUAAGGGAUAUAUUUUUGCUCGGCUAUAUGAAGUAUAUGUAGAACUAGCCUACUCGCCGCAGCGUCCACAUCCUCUGGUCAUAGUUUUGAUGCACUUUGAUUUUAUUUGCUUUGUACUUAAAAUAAUUAAUCCUUAUACAUUAUGACAUAAGGGCCAUAACUCUUGCACCAAUAUUUCAUGAAUUAUUCCCCCUUGUUACUUAGAAUUUCAGAUUAAAGUUUUGAUGCAAUUUCACUCUAUCUCUUUUAUUCCUGAAUGUAUUUGAUUCAUACUUAAAAUAGUUGUUCCACAUUAUCACCCACAUCAUAUGAUCUAGUGGUCAUAAGACUCACCAAUAUUUCAUGAAUUACAUCCCCUUUUUACAUAGAAUUUCAUAUUUAAUUAUGUCUGCCACAUAUAAUGUGAGAAACAUAUUGAUUUAGUGCUGUCAAAUCUGUCUAUUACAAAGUUUGUCCAUGCAGCUCCUCUGACACCACUGGACAGGUUUACACCAAACUUCAUAAGAACCAAGUUGUGCAUAUUGUAGGCAUUUUCUAGGUUGAUGAUAUUCAGCAGAGUUAUGGCCCUUGAUUCAUCACAUUUUAUGUUUUGGCCACUUCUCUUAUAUUGUUGGGCAGAUUCCCACAAAACCUUACAUGAGGAAUCAGUGCAAAGACUUUAUGCAUAUUAUUGGCAUGUUCUAGUUCAUUGAUUUUCGGUGGAGUUGUGGCCCUUUAUUAUGCCCCGCUUCGUAGAAGGAGUAUAUUGUUUUGCAUGUCGGUCGGUAUGUAGACCAAUCCAUUUCUGGAUGAUAACACAAGAACGCUUAGGCCUAGGAUCAUGAAAGUCGAUAGGGAGGUUGGUCAUAACCAUCAGAUGACCCCUAUUGGUUUUGAGAUAAGUAGGUCAAAGCCAAAGUGACCCGGAACAGUUGAACAGUUUCCCGAUGAUAACUCGAGAUUGCUUAGGCCUAGGAUCAUGAAAGUUAAAAGGGAGGUUGAUCAUGACCAGCAGAUGACCCCUAUUGAUUUUGAGGUCAGUAGGUUAAAGGUCAAGGUCACAGUGGUGAUCCAGAACAGUAGAACAUUUUUUGCCAAUAACUAGAGAAUGUUUUUGGUCUAAGAUCACAUUGACCCAUAGCAGAGUAACUUUUGUGUUUGUUUGUUUGUUUGUUUGUUUUGGGUUUAACGCCAUUUUUCAACAGUAUUUCAGUCAUGUAACGGCGGGCAGUUAACCUAACCAGUAUUCCUGGAUUCUGUACCAGUACAAACCUGUUCUCCGCAAGUAACUGCCAACUUCCCCACAUGAAUCAGAGGUGGAGGACUAAUGAUUUCAGACACAAUGUCGUUUAUCAAAUAGUCACGGAGAACAUACGCCCCGCCCGAGGAUCGAACUCGCGACCCCGAGAUCCGUAGACCAACGCUCUAACCUACUGAGCUAAGCGGGCGGGCUUUGUUACAGUGGCGAAAUAAUUUCUGUUCCUUGUGCAAUUACUGAAUCCCUAGAGGCCAUAUUUUUUUAUGGAUCUUCAUGAAAAUUGGUCAGAAUGUUCACCUUGAUGAUAUCUAGGUCAAGUACGAAACUGGGUCAUGUGCGAUCAAAAACUAGGUCAGUAGGUCUAAAAAUAGAGAAACCUUGUGACCUCUCUAGAGGCCAUAUUUUUCAUGGGAUCAGUAUGAAAGUUGGUCUGAAUGUUCAUCUUGAUGAUAUCUAGGUCAAGUUGGAAACUGGGUCACAUGCGGUCCAAAACUAGGUCAGUAAGCCUAAAAAUAGAAAAUCCUUGUGACCUCCCUAGAGGCCGUAACUUCAAACUUCACAUGCUGAUAGUACUUAUUGUGUACACCACCCCUACUGACUUUGGGGUCACCAGGUCAAAGGUCAAGGUCACAGGGGCCAACGUUAACUUUUUGCAUGAAGGCACUUUACUCGCGAACCACUGCACCCAGGACCUUCAAACUUCACAUGCUAAUAGGUACUUAUUGAGUACACCACCCCUACUGACUUUGGGGUCACCAGGUCAAAGGUCAAGGUGCUGCGGGGCCAUUUGUCACCAUUAGUGGCAGCUCUUGUUGUAUGCUAAAUACAGAUAUUACUAUUCAUAAUUCAGUGUAUCAUGUAUAUUCAAGGUCAAAUGAGCAAUUUAGGGUCUCUAUGGCCCUCUUGUUUCAAAUAUAGAGCUAAAAAUAGAAAGAAAACAAUUUAAAAUUACUUCUCCUUAUGAACCAGUUGAUGGUCCUUUAUCAAACGUCUGUAGCAUCAAUGUAAGAUCCCCCCCCCCACCCCCCAUACCUUGUCAAAAUGGGGGCUUUUUUGCCCACUUUUGCAAAUAGAUUUUUUUUAAACAACUUCUCAUCAUGAAUUUGUUCUUUUUAGGGAAAACAUACAGCAGAAUUCUAUCAUAAAAAAUGCAGGAGAGUUACACAUCACAUUAAUUAUAUGUAUUACAUUAUGUGUGAAUUCUUCGUUACGUUGAAACACAAAUGAUUAUCACUUUGAAAUAAUGCUAUUUCAAACAUUUGAGUGAAUUAGCACAGAUUGUCCUGUAUUGACACAGCAAGUGUACAAACAGUAUAAUGUAAAUAUAAUAUGUAAUAAUAUAUACAAAAAGUGUGUUAUAAAAUUAUGAUGUAUAUUAAUAUAUUCAUAAAGAUAAGUUUGGAUAGUAAAUUUUUAACUGUUAGAUAAAUUUUCAAGUCCCAGAUUGUAUUAAAUUUUGCAAUAGAAUUGCAGAAAACAUAAGACUGCUGGCUUCUGUUUCUUUCAGAUCAGUAAAACAAAUUUCUGCAUAUCAUUUUAUUUAUUAUUAUGUGUGAACGUAGCCUUUAAAACUUGAAAUAGUCUGUUAGUGAACCUGUCAUAUUAUCAGAAAUGUAUCUGUGUUAAUUUGUACACCUGUUUAUUGCAUUUUUAGCUCUACUUUUUGAAGAAUAAGGAGAGCAAUCCUACUCACCAUGGCGUCAUUGCACGCUUUGGUUGUUUUUGUACCAAUCCACAUUUUGACAUAUAGCUUUGAGGCUUUCAACACUUGUGUACCAUCACCAUGUUCAGUUGCAUUAGUACAUAACUCCAUCAAAGAUUUUGUCUAAAUUAUGGCCCCUUUUAACUUUAAAUUUUUGGUUAAGUUUUUCGUACAGUAGUUAAUAUUUUGUUUGACAUAUGGCUUUGACACUUUUAUCACUUGUUUAUAAUGAUAGUUUCUAUCUGUAGGCAAAAGUACAUAACUAUGUCAAGUAUUUUGGCUGGAUUUACGGCCCAUUUAAGAUUUGGAAAUUGGUUCAGUUUCCAUACAAGUCCAAGAAGUUUUGACCACUUGUUGACCAUCAUAGUCUCCAUAUGUAGGCAAGACUGCGUAAUUAGGACAAGGAUUGAACACUUGCUUACCAUCAUUGUCUCUAUAAGUAGACCAUUUGAAAUGUAAAUAGACCUGUUCUAUUCAUAAAGCAAUAUUUCGACAAUUUUUGUGCCCCCUCAUGAGUGGUGUCGGCAUAUAGAUUUGGUUUUGUCUGUGCGUGCGUCCGAAGUUCGUGACCCGCCUAGCUCAAAAAGUAUUUGAUAUAAAUUGAUGAAACCUUGCAUCAGUCUUAUCGUGAUAUGAACUUGCGCACUCCUAUUUUUAGCUUGACUAUUCAUAUAACAGUAGAACUAUUGGACUUGCCCAUGCAUCGGUGUCCGCGUCAUCAUCCCGAUUUCGUUUAGGUUUUGUAUGUAAGCUGGUAUCUCAGUAACCACUUGUGGGAAUGGAUUGAAACUUCACACACUGAUUUACUGUGAUAAACUGACUUACAUUGCACAGGUUCCAUAACUCUAUUUUGCUUUUUUAGCUCAUCUGUCACGAAGUGACAAGGUGAGCUAUUGUGACCGCUUGAUGUCCGUCGUGCGUUGUCCGUCGUGUGUUGUCCGUCAACAAUUUGUAAAAAAAUCUUCUUCUUGAAAACCACUGGGCAGAAUUACACGAAACUUCACAGGAAUGAUCCUUGGGUGGCCCCCUUUCAAAAUUGUUCAAAGAAUUGAAUUCCAUGGAGAACUCUGGUUGCCAUGGCAACCGAAAGGAAAAACUUAAAAAAUCUUCUUCUCAAAAACCAGAAGCCCUAGAGCUUAGAUAUUUGGUGUGAAGCAUUGCCUAGUGGACCUCUACCAAAUUUGUUCAAAUCAUGACCCCGCCCCAGGGGUCACUUGAUUUUACAUAGGAAAAUCUUAAAAAAUCUUCUUCUCAAAAAGCAGAAGCCCUAGAGCUUAGAUAUUUGACAUGUAGCAUUGCCUAGUGGACCUCUACUAAAGUUGUUCAAAUCAUGACCUCCGGGUCAAAAUUGACCCCGCCCCAGGGGUCACUUGAUUUUACAAAUGAAAAAUCUUCAAAAAAUUUCUAAAAAUAAACCAGAAAGCCUAGAGCUUAGAUAUUUGACAUGUAGCAUUGCCUAGUGGACCUCUACAAAAUUUGUUUAAAUUAUGACCCCCGGGGUCACUUGAUUUUACAUAGGAAAAUCUUAAAAAAUCUUCUUCUCAAAAUCCAGAAGCCCUUGAGCUUAGAUAUAUGGUGUGAAGCAUUGCCUAGUGGACCUCUACCAAAUUUGUUCAAAUCAUGAACCCGGGGUCAAAAUUGACCCCGCCCCAGGGGUUACUUGAUUGUACAUAAGAAAAUCUUAAAAAAUCUUUUUCUCAAAAAGCAUAAGCCCUGGAGCUUAGAUAUUUGACAUGUAGCAUUGCCUAGUGGACCUCUACUAAAACUAAAGUUGUUUAAAUCAUGACCCCCAGGGUCAAAAUUGACCCCGCCCCAGGGGUCACUUGAUUUUACAUAUGAAAAUCUUCAAAAAAUUUCUAAAAUUAAACCAGAAGGCCUAGAGCUUAGAUAUUUCACAUGUAGCAUUGCCUAGUGGACCUCUACAAAAUUUGUUUAAAUCAUGACCCUCGGGGUCAAAAUUGGCCCCGCCGCCGGGGUCACUUGAUUUUACAUAGGAAAAUCUUAAAAAAUCUUCUUCUCAAAAACCAGAAGCCCUAGAGCUUAGAUAUUUGACAUGUAGCAUUGCCUAGUGUACCUCUACUAAAAUUGUUCAAAUCAUGACCCCGGGGUCAAAAUUGACCCCGCCCUAGGGGUCACUUGAUUUUACAUAUGAAAAUCUUCAAAAAAUUUCUAAAAAUAAACCAGAAGGCCUAGAGCUUAGAUAUUUCACAUGUAGCAUGGCCUAGUGGACCUCUACAACAUUUGUUCAAAUCAUGACACCCGGGGUCAAAAUUGACCCAGCCCCAGUGGUCACUUGAUUUUACAUAUGAAAAUCUUCAAAAAAUUUCUAAAAAUAAACCAGAACGCCUAGAUCUUAGAUAUUUGACUUGUAGCAUUGCCUAGUAGACUUCUACAAAAUUUGUUCAAAUCAUGAUCCCCGGGGUCAAAUUGACCCCGCCCCAUGGGGUUACUUGAUUGUACAUAGAAAAAUCUUCAAAAUUUUCUAUAAAAAAACCCAGAAUGCCUAGAGCUUAGAUAUUUGACAUGUAGCAUUGCCUAGUGGACCUCUACAAAAUUUAUUCAAAUCUUGACUCCCCCAGGAUCAGAUUGACCCAGCCCCAGGGUUACUUGAUUGUGCAUUGGGAAAUCUUCAUAAAUUUGCAAAAAAAACCCCAGAAGGCCUAGAUCUUAUAGCUUCAGCUAAGAAAUUUGUUCAAGCAAGCAACUCUACUCAGGUGAGCGAUAUAGGGCCAUCAUGGCCCUCUUAUUACAAAAUUAUGCCCCUUUUUUGACUUAAAAAUUUUUGGUUAAGGUUUUGUAUUUAAGCUGGUAUCUCAGUACUCACCUAUGGGAAUGGAUUGAAACUUCACACACUUGUUCACUGUCAUGAUCUGACAUGCACUAAGCAGGUCCAAUAACUCUAUUUUGCUUUUUUACAAAAUUGUACCCCUUUUUCGACUUUGAAAUUUUUGGUUAAGGUUUUAGUAUGUAAGCUGGUAUCUCAGUAUCCACUAAUGGGAAUGGAUUGAAACUUCACACACUCGUUCACUGUUAUGAUCUAACAUGCACUGUGAAGGUUCCAUAACACUACUUUGCAUUUUUACAAAAUUAUGCCCUUUUUUCAACUUAGCAGUUUUUGGUUAAGUUUUUAGCUCACCUGAGCCAAAGGCUUAUGGUGAGCUUUGUGACUGUUCAAUGUCCGUUGUGUGUCGUGUGUCAGUCAACAUUUAUAAAAAAAAUCUUCUUGAAAACCACUGGACAGAAUUACAUCAAACUUCACAGGAAUGAUCCUUGGGUGGUCCCCUUCCAAAAUUGUUCAAAGAAUUGAAUUCCAUGCAGAACUCUGGUUGCCAUGGCAACCAAAAGAAAAACGUUAAAAGUCUUCUUGUCCAACACUGCAAGGCGUAGAGCCUUGAUAUUUGGCAUGUGACAUCAUCUAAUGGUCCUCUAUAAAGAUUGUUCAAAUUGGGCCCCUUGGGUGAAAAGAGGCCCCGCCCCAGGGUCCCAAGUUUUACAUAGACUUAUAUAGGAAAAAACUCCAAAAAUCUUUUCUAAAAUCACAAGACCUAGGCCUUAUUUAUUUGGUAUGAAGCAUUGCCUUGAGAUCCUCUACCAAAAUUAUUCAAAUUAUAACCCUGGGGUGAAAAGAGGCCCUGCCCUGGGGGUCUCAAGUUUUACAUAGAGUUAUAUAGAAAAA